AUGGCCUUUAAGAUGUAUCAUGCCGUAAGUCGUCAUAUUCGUCGCCUGAAGCAUCUCAGAGCACACCAUGAUGCCUGUGAGAGACGCUAUAACAAAGCGCACACAGACCGGUCAAAAAUCAAUGAGGACACCAAGUUGGUUUUACACAACAACCAGAACACAAUGAAAGCUGAUGAGUGUUCAAGUGACAGUGAUGAUACCAUUGACCCCACGCCACCUGAUGUAGACAAGGACAGUGAGGACAGGGACAAGGAUGGCGUACCUGAGCUGCAAAGAACUGAGAGUGUUUUUCUGACCAGAAAAAUGCUGGGGAUCAAAGACUUUUCUCUGCCAAGUUCUGGGAGCAGUGAAGAGUUGUAUGUUCCUGAUUCUGCUGACGAAACUGAUGACGAAUGUUCAGAAGAAGAAGGAGACAGUUCUGAAGUCGAACAGCACAAGUACAAGAAAAGAAAAGCCAAGAAAAAGCAUUCAACAAACACUCAGGCAGUCCAACCACACAAACGACAACGUAAGACACAUAGAGAAUCCUCCUCCAAUGACAGCUCUGACGUGACAGUGAUGAUGCUGCAGAAAAAACCGAAUGGUGACAGACUGUACAAUAAAAAGUAUCACUGUGUGUUUUGCUUAAAGGCUUACAAUAAAAUUGCCCGCCAUUUGGAAUCUAAACACAGAGACAAACAGGAGGUGGCAAGAGCAAUGACAUAUCCAAAGGGGUCAAAAGAGAGAAGAAUACAGCUCAGCUUACUGAGAAACCAAGGGAAUCGUCUACACAAUACUAAGGUGCUGAGAGAAGGAAAAGGAGUGUUAGUUCCCAGUCAGCAGUCCAGCACUGAUGUUGCAGCCAGAGAUUACAUGCACUGUAUAAACUGUGAAGCUUACCUCAAGAGGAAAACACUGUGGAGGCAUAUGCAGAGAUGUCAACUUCGCAAGAAGAUUGAGGGAUUAAAGCCUGGAAAAACCAGAGUCCAGGCUCUUUGUCAAUAUGCUCAGCCAGUGCCAGCAGAUGUUAAUGAACGCUUUUGGAAAAUGGUGCUAAACAUGCACAUGGAUGAGGUUACUAAUGCUGUUCGCAAAGAGAAAAACAUUCUGAAAUUUGGAGAACACCUCUUCAGCAAACAUGGACACGAUGCAACCAAACACGAAUAUAUCAGACAGAAGAUGAGGGAGGCAGGGCCACUUGUUGUGCAAGGACACAAACAUGGGAAGUUGAAGCAGUUAUCAGACUUUUUUGUACCAGCUAAUUUCCCUCAUGUGAUACGGGCCGUUAAGGACGUAGCGGGCUUGAAUGAGGAGACGAACACAUACAAAACACCUUCUCUGGCGCUUAAGUUAGGCCACAACCUCAAAAAGAUUGCAAGCAUCAUCGAAUGUGAAGCCAUGAUUGCAGAAGAGAGGGAGAAGUAUCGAAGAUGCCAUUGA